UAGACGCCCUUAAUGAAAGAACCAAGAGUCAAGAUGUUUGUAAGAAUGCAAAAGUACUUGAAAAUGGAGAACAAUUAAGAGGAGGCUCAUGCUCAGUUACUGUUCAGGGUGAAAUACCUGACGAAAACCAUAUGGUCUCUACCGCUAUUUUAUUCCCUCCUAACGGUGGAGUUAUCAAAGCAAAGCAAACUUUUACUGUUGUCACAAAAACAAUCAAUUUAAACACUGGAUUUUUCAGUGAUGCCGCAAAAGAAUAUUACAUCUUUCCUCAAACCUUAGGCCAAAAUGGUCUAAUUCAAGGACACAGUCACGUAACCAUUCAAAAAUUCCAAAAUGGCCAACAGGUACUAGAUCCAAAAGUUUUUGCGUUCUUCAAAGGUUUAAACGAUAAGGCCAAUGGUAACGGUGAAUUGAAUGUAGACGUUACCGGUGGUCUCGAUCCUGGCAACUACAGAGUAUGUACAAUGGUUUCCUCGUUUACUCAUCAACCUGUUUUAAUGCCUGUUGCUCAACGUGGUGCUCAAGAUGAUUGCGUUAGAUUUACGGUUGCGAAUAAGGAAGAACCUUCUCAUGAUCAAAAAUCUCCAUCCAUUAGCAAUGAUGCAUAUUGUUUUAAGUAUUAA